CAUUGUUGUCAAUCCCUGAAGAAAAGCCCAAAGAAAAGUUUAUCUAUAAUCCCCUUAUAUAAGCUUUUCUGGAACUUAUAGUUAUAUAUUCAGUGGUAACUUUGGUCUUUCACACCAACAUUGACGCACAUGCAUGCUCGGAGCUACUUCAUGUAAAACAGGUUAAAUAUGCCCUCCCAAGGAAAUGCAGCUUUUCUACUUUUAUUAUCUAUUGUGUUCUUGUCGUGGAGAAUUUGUCAUGGAGGGAAGAUUUUGAUUGUUCCUUUAGAGGGAAGCCACUGGGUGAACAUGGACAUUAUGAUCAAAGCCCUCCACUCUCGAGGACACUCUGUUGUUGUGGUACGAACCAAUAAAAGCUGGUACAUCCAGGAUAACUCUCCGCACUACCGGACCAUCACAGUUCCUGUCACUGAAGCAUUUAAUCAUGACUUCAUUAACUCAAUCAUAAAAAAGAUCAUUGAUAUAGAAAGGGGAGAGAGCUCACUUUGGAGCUUUGCAAGUUUGCAGGCUGAGAUGUUUACUGCCAUGUUUAACAUGCAUCGAAUAAUGUGCAAAUUUGCUACUAACAUGUUUAAAGAUAAAUAUUUAAUGAAUAGUUUAAAUGAGAGUAAGUAUGACCUGGUCCUUACUGACCCAGCAUGGGGUACAGGUAUAAUGUUGGCUCAUGCUCUUAAGCUACCUCUGGUCUAUAAUGUGCGGUGGAUAACUAGCGGAGAAGGACAUAUGGCCAUUGCACCUUCUCCUUUAUCUUAUAUCCCAUUGACAGGUUCAGGACUGUCAGACAAAAUGACUUUCAUACAAAGAGUCAAAAAUCUCAUUUUCUCUGUCAUUUGGCAAGCUCAGGAUGGAUUUUUAAUUCACCCUCAAUAUCAAGCUGUUUGUGAUCAGUUCUUUGGCCCAGAAGUCAGAUAUAGUGACUUAUUACAGGGAGCAGAUCUGUGGCUCAUGAGAGUGGACUUUGUCUUUGAGUUCCCUCGACCCACCAUGCCUAAUGUUAUCUAUAUUGGCGGAUUCCAGUGCGAACCAGCAAAACCUCUUCCUGAACACCUGGAGGAGUUUGUACAGAGUUCUGGUGAGCAUGGGGUCAUUAUCAUGUCUCUGGGGACUUUUGUGAGUGAACUUCCUGCUGAUAUAACAAACGUGAUCGCUGCAGCUUUUGCUAAAUUACCCCAGAAAGUCAUCUGGAGGCAUAAAGGUGACAGACCAGCCACUCUGGGCAACAACACUUUAAUAGUCGACUGGAUGCCACAGAAUGAUCUUUUAGGACAUCCCAAGAUGAAACUAUUUGUAGCUCAUGGAGGAACAAACGGAGUUCAAGAAGCAAUGUAUCACGGAGUCCCGGUUGUGGGUCUACCUGUGUUUUUCGACCAAUAUGACAACCUGCUGCGCCUAAAAGAGAGAGGAGCGGCUACGCUUCUUACCAUUAAUACAGUGGAUAAAGACAACAACUUCGUAGAGGCCAUUCAGGAAGUCCUGAAUGAGCCCUCCUACAGGAUGAACAUGCAGAGACUCUCCAGGCUGCACAGAGAUCAGCCAAUAACGCCGCUAGAUAACGCCCUCUUCUGGAUAGAGUUUGUCAUGAGACACAAAGGUGCAGCUCACCUGAGAACAGAGUCCUACAAAAUGCCCUGGUAUUCCUACCACUCUGUAGAUGUAGUUCUAUCUUUCCUGGCUACUGUUGCAGUGAUUACUUUUCUCCCUCUAGUGUUUGUCAGAUAUGUGUGUCUUGAGAAAUGUAUGAAAAGAAAAACCAAUAAGAAAUGACAAUCACUGACCUCUGUCCUGCUCGUUCUACAAAAACAUUAUACGUGAUUAUGUCGUUACGGAUUAUUUUUUUAAUUAACUGAAAUGGAAUUCAUUACAUUUUCAUAAAACGAAAAAUACAACAUAAAACAGGUACACCCAUGUGCACUGGUUAAUGGUCCCAUUCAAGGAACAGCAGUGAUGGUUUGGAUGCAUAUGUGAGCCUUCACUGAAUAACAGGAAUUUGUAAUUCUACUUUUCCAUGUAGGAUAAAGAUUGGUUGUGUAAGA